CCACCCACCGCAACGUGAAGGUUCAGACGGACUACAGAGAGAGUGAAACACAGACAGACCCAUACAGCCCGGAGUAUGUGCUGCAACCUGGGACGACUCCCUCAGAGCUCCUGCAACUGGCARCUUUAACUUGGGGCCAUGGUCUGCCAGCCGGCCUGGCUGAGGUGGAAAUGAUAGAGCGAGCUCGAGCGAAACGAGCUUGGGAGGCCAGCCUUCCUCCGCUGAACGACUUGAGCCAGUUCCACAAGAGGAUGCGGAUGGUGGAGGAGAUGGAGGCCAAGGAGUGGGCUUUCAGGGAGCAACGAAUCAAAACGGUGCAAGAUGCUCGUCUUGCUGUGCUGAAGGACCUGCUGAUGCAAAGGAGUGAAGCUCAUGACAAAAUCACUAAUAAGAGACUGAACCUCAUUUACUCCAAGUUCCAGAAAGACACAGAGACCAAACUUCAGAAACGUAAUGCUGAUUACCUCAGAGCUGUGAGAAAACUAAAAGCAAGGCGAGAAAACGUGGAGGGGAAGCUGAAGCGACGGGACAUUGUCACUGACCUUUGUUCCCUUCAGACCCACAAGAAUGUGCUCUCCAGCAGUGACAAGAAGUUUGGAGCCCAGUGCUUCGACACGUAUGAAGGCUUGGUUGAGCUGGAGGCAUCGCUCAAGCCAUGGUGGACAAUCCCCGAGCCAGACCCCUUCAAGGCUGUGAGCAAGUCUCCUGCGAAGAAAGCUGUGGAGGAACUGAAUAAAUACAGGGCUCUGUUGGAGGAGGAGAAGCAGCUCAUGGCAAAAAAGUCCCUGCGUACUCUUGUCAAAAAGGAGAAGCGUCCUCCACCUCCUGACAUCCCCAGAGUAGAACCACCCUCAGAGGAGGACGAGCGCACCGAGCUUGCAGUAAUUACUUUACAAAAACUGCUCAGAGGAAGAAGUAUCCAGUAUGAGAUGUUUAAGGGCAAAGAAAAACAAAUGAUGCUCAUUCAGGAGCUAAGAAGCACACACGCUCUCAGCUCUGAGGAGGAGGAGCUACAGAAAGCUGACAAAGAGUUUGUAACGGCCUUAAAAAGACAUAGGGAGCAGCACAGACAGCAGAUCUCCCAGGAGGAAGCAGCUCAAGCCCAAGUGGUGGGCGCCGAGCUUGAACAGCUGUUCGACACCUUGUCCAAGGAGCUGAUCCGUCUCCAGGAGGAGCGCAGGAUCCACGCUUUUACUCUGCUGGCUGAGAGAGAGCGACGGCGGCGAGAGGCCGAGGAAGGCGGGAGGAGACAAAUAGAGGAGCGCAGACGUAAAGAGAACGACGAGAUCUUCAGACAAGUAGUGCAGGUGAACCAGGAAAGUGUGGACAUGUUUUUGGAGGACAUCAUCUUGGAGAGCAUAGGGCAGGUAGCUGAUGAGCAGGCCAGAGAGAAGAUCCGCAUACGGGCAAAGGAGCUCAAUGAUGUUGCUUAUAUCAUGGAGGAAAG